UCGUCUUAGUUAUUUUAGCCAACUGUUCAAUAUCUAUAGAAAUGCAUUAUUUAAUAGGUCAUAAACUCGUACAAUGAACUGAACUCUUUCUACAGGUUUAAGUCAAAAUGAAGAUGGUCUCCCGGAAUAUUAUGAUUUGGUGUUUGCUGGCUGCUUUUGUGCCUUGUGUUAUAAGUGCAACAAUUCCAUCUAAUUCUGACAGAGAAAUGAAACUGAAUGUGGCACUGCAGAAGAGGGAUCAAUAUGUGCCUCAGAAGAGUUUAGAGAAUUCAGUCGAACUCCUUGCUGAGCAAGAGAACAAGAAUAUGGGGACACCUAUAUCACUGAGCAGUGAUCAUCUGAGUGGAAGGGGGAAAAGGGCCUGCAACCUGCUUACCUGCUCGGUACAUGAUCUGGCCUACCGAAUCAGUCAGCUCAAUAAUAAAAAGAAUAAUGCCCCCAACCACAAUAUCAGUCCCUGUGGCUACGGCCGGAGACGGAGGCGUUCCCUCCUUCAAUGCUCUGCUGCUCAAACCCAUGGGAAGUGCCCUCUGAGACAUGACUCGCCUCAAAAACUGAUUUAGCCUUAAGCUUUUUUCUUAUAUUGCCUCAGUUUGCUGAAAUACUACUGAAUAUUAUGGGGUUUUCUGUAAGCACAAAAAUGGGGAACAACCGCUACUAUGUCCAAGCAACCAAAACUUCCUUCUCCAUAUUUUAUCAGAGAAGCAGGACUAAAGACAAGUCAUCUGGAGAGAAUGGGUGUUUGUGUAAAAUGUGCCAGGCAGUUCUGUCUUGUAAAAAAGAGAAGCAGGGGUUCAAGUGAUAUAACAAGGACGUAGGUUUAAGUUAAAAGAUAUGAAAUGUGCUUGAGCAGCUCUGAAACAAUUUAGGAUAUUUCUAAUUCUUAUAUGAGGGCAUGUCACUUCUUCACCCUCUGGAAAAGCAGUGGUUUUAUUCAGGAAACUACCAGCACCUCUGUGUUUUCUAGCAAGAGGAAAGAGGACAGAGAAACGUAAAUACUGACUGAAAAACAUUCACCAAUAAGGCUCUAUAAAGGAAAUGAUCUGAGAGAAUAGGUUUUUGUGAAAGCUGGAUAUAAAAUGCUUGGACACAGCUUAUCUCAAUUGCUUAAUGAGUAAGUCAGCGUAGUUUAGCUUGGGCGUUUUGUAUGCCAAAGACUUUUCUUUCUAUUUUUUCGUUUAUUCGUUAGAAUAGCUGAUAAACUUCUAGUUAGCUGUGUUUUGUCUUAUUUAGAUAUUUUCUUUGGCACCUCUCUUGCUUGCCUUCCCACCUCGUUACUGUUAAAUGUAUAGUGAGUGUGUUGUUAUAUGUUAUUUGUUCUUUGUAAAUACUGUAAAUAUUGGGGUUUUUUUUUUUUUUUUUCCACCUUUUCACUUUCACACACACACACACACACACACACACACACACACACACACACACACACCUUUUAAUGUUAUACUCCUGUUUACCACUAGCCAACAUCUAAGGGAAGUAAGAAUAUCAAUCAUAAACAUAAUUACUGUAAAAUACUGUUGAUUUUUAUUAUUUGCUAUGCUUAUAUUACAUCUGUUCAUUUCUCCAAAUGCAUGUAUUAAGUAGGCUUUUCCCCAGAUUUCUACUAGCCCUAGCUCUGUAACAAGUGAGAUCUCAAACACCAUUUUUACAGCAGAAUUCUACUAUAGAGGACUCAUUUCUGUGGAAAUUUCAGGUUUGUAUCUGAUCCCCCUAAAAGUGAUAUUCAACUUGAAAAUGAGGGGAAUUUUCACAAAUUGCAUUUUCUCACCCCCCCUGAAAAAAAUAUGCGAAGUCUCAAACCUGAAAUGUUCUGCAUAUACACUAUACUUAACUAGGUACACCCUAAAGUCUAAGACUCAAACCCUUCCCAUUACAUUCCCUAAAAGUGGAACUGUGAGCAAUAUUGAGCAUUACAUUUGGAAUUAAGUUCUAAGUCUGUGCAAAACAAGAAUGCGUAACAUGUUUAUAUAUAAUGUGUUCUAGAUAUCAGCUUUUGUCCUAAGGAGCUAGGACCAUCCUGAGCCAAGAUAUUGAGGUUUCCGUAAACAGCUGUAUAACCAAAAUUAGUUGUGUACCAUGACACAAAGAUGGCUGUCAUGGUUAAACCAAGUAAAGUAAUAAAAAAAAUAAUAACAAAAAUAAAAUAAAAAACUGGCGGUUUUGCAAUGCCAUUACAUAGAGGUAAUCACUAUAAAAAAAAGAAAAGAAAAAAUGGUCAAGCAACCUGUAUUGGACUACUUGCGAUGGAAUAACCCAGCUUUGAAACCUCUAAAUUAGUCCCAGUGUAACAAUUAAAAGUGUCACAUGAUUUCAGUAUAACUACACUUCUUCAUGGUAGAACCCAGAGUUUGUACACCUAAA